UGCUAUCUUCCCCACCCUUUGCACAACACACUGAUACACGGCUGCCUGGAAAAGAAGCGAGAAAUCAUGGAUUCGUGUCGCAGCAGCAGAUCUUCGUAGAAAUGCUCUUCAGUCGCCAUAAACGGGGUACACGGCGGCGAGAUGGCGCCUCGGAACUGGUGGCGCUCGUCUCGGCCAUGUCGGUGGUGACGGCACAGUGGCUCCCCCUGGACUGCUCUAAAUUCGGGCAGCCGAGUGGACCUUGCAACUGCACGGUUCAUGAUAACACACCUAACAACCUGUCCCGCCACCAGGUGUGGAUCACGUGCGUCAAUGUCUCGAGCCUCGAGCAACUGGGUCGCAUCCUGGCUCCGGCCCGACACCACCGUGUCGAUAAGUUCCAGCUGGGAGUGUCCACGCUGGGCCACCUUCCGAGCAACCUGUUCCUGGAUGUCCGCGCGAGCGAGGUCCACCUGUGGGACACGCCACUGGCCAGCUUCGUGCAGGGCGACAGCGACGACGCCCUUCUAGGAUUGCAGGACUCUCUGCGCUCGCUGGCCCUGCGUCGGUGCGCACUCGACAGCUCGCAGCCAUUCCACAGGAUGGGCCACCUGCACGCACUGGAGAUGCUGGACUUGUCCUUCAACCAGCUGACCACAGUGCGCGCCUCCUGGUUCAAGGCGCCGCUGAGCCUUCGCUCGCUGCUUCUCAGGGCCAAUCGCAUCUCGCGCAUCGAGAGCGGAGCCUUUGCCAAGCUCUACCGCCUCUUGCAGCUGGAUCUCUCGCAGAACAACAUCGCCACCAUCGAGCGAUCCAUGCUGCCGGACGCGCUCUUCUUCCUCGACCUCAGCGACAACCGCCUGACCGUCCUGUCUCCGUUGCUGUUCGACAAAAUGACGAGCCUGCGUCGGGUCUACCUGAACGGGAACCGGCUCACCACGCUCGACAGGGCCGUCUGGUCGGCCGUGUGGAGCAACCCCAGGCUGGGCGUCGAGAUGCACGGCAACCCGGUGGUGUGCGACCGGCGGAUGUGCUGGCUGGCGCGGCUGGUGCCCCGUGAGUGCCUUAGCAGGGACUGCCAGCGCUCGCCCGCCGACUACCGGCACCUGGACGGGCGGUGCAACGCGCCGCCGCCCUUGGCCGGCCGCCACCUGAUGCACGUGGACUGCGACGUGCUCGCCUGCGGCACAGAGUGCGACCACGGUGACCAAGACAAUAGCCUGAGCCCCUUCUGGUGAUCCCCUUCCCGGGCAGCGACCUACAUGAUUCCGCAGCGGUUGCGUGUAGGUUGCACAUCACAACCACGCGACGCGUCGGCUGCUUGAAAGAUGGCGCUUCUGCACUCGUGCGCUGACUGUGCCUGGUAGAUUAUCGCAAUGAGAAGGCGUAAGUGCACUCGCAGGAAAGUAGGCAUGUUUAGGAGAACAGUUGUGAUCUCAGCACAAGCAGCGAGCGGUUUCACGUGAAGCGGCAUCUGAACAUCGACGCCAACGGUACGCGAGCUAGCCUGAGUAGGCGCUACCUAAAGAAGGAAAAGAAGAAAGUGCCGUGUUAAGGACACGUUCAUCUUCUGGGGCUCCAAGCAUCCGUUUUCUUUUGUCAGUUUAGCUGCACCGCAGAAAGUCUGAGCAAACGAUCACAGAUUUACGUAUUUUGCCAUUCAUCCUCUCGCAUCAAUAAAACACCUUCCGGAACCGG